CUUUCACAGUAGCACACUGGACACUGUUGUAGCGACGGAGUGUCGCGUAGUACUGGACAGGACAGCGAUUUCUGGCAGCUCCGAAAUAGUUAACGGUAGUUAGCAACAGUAGCUCUGACGAAUCGUUUGAGAAGACCAAGUGUUUCAUUUGAAAACUUUCGUUUUAAAAUUAACAAUAGUGCGUUUAAAGCAACUUUACCUUUAAUAUACGUUUGGCUAAUUGUGAGAUAGAAACGGAAUACUUUGCAGAACUUUGUUAAAUCUUUUUUUGUCAAUCUUAAAACGACAUUAGAAACAACGCAUGAAAUGUGGUAAGACAAGCAAACCCAACUGCACCACCACCAGGAUGUCGGAUCAAAGCUUUGAGAAGACCCAUCACCUUAAAACUUCAGAUACCACAUCAGGUGGGAGCGGAACCGUUUUGGAGCAUCCUCCAGCCAAUAAGAAUGGUGGACCAGAGACUGACGAUAGGGGGCGACAAAGAAACACAAAUCAAGUAGAUGGCAGUGGUGGUAUCACAACAGACAAGUUGUGGCAAAUGCAAGGCGGCCACAGGGAGGUGUGUCCUGUGUUCGUUGCCGGAAAUGCACUUCCCAAGUGUCCAGCUGCUGCUCAGCCUUGUCAGGAACCCGGAGUAGAUGCAGCGGGAGAAGGUGGCCUUGUUGCCCACGGUAACAGUGGAGAUGGACCGCUCGAGGAGAACCUGAGCCAACUGCAAGGAGAAAGUGGCAAUCACGUCAAGAGAACCAACUCUGGCGUCGGGACAGAUGCGCGUCAGGGCAAGAAAAAACACAGACGUCGACCCUCAAAAAAGAAGCGUCGCUGGAAGCCAUAUUACAAGCUUUCCUGGGAGGAAAAGAAAGAACUCGAUGAACGAGAAACUGCACGGGCCUCCCGAGUGAGAGAAGAGAUGUUUGCGAAAGGACUCCCUGUAGCACCUUAUAAUACCACACAGUUUCUAAUGGAGGAACAUGACCGUGAGGAGCCAGACCUGAACACUGAGACGGGUGCCCGGCGGCUGUUGGGGCCUGGUCGCCCAGAAGACACAGCUAGUGAGGACGAUCUUAUGGACGAGGAAGAAGAUGAUGAUGGUAGCGGAGGUGGCAGCGACGGCAUUGGAAGGGCCGGAAAUGCAGGUGGGGAAUUUCUUCAGAGAGACUUUUCCGAAACCUAUGAGAAGUACCACGUUGAGAGUCUUCAAAAUAUGACCAAGCAAGAGCUUGUUCAGGAGUAUCUGGAACUAGAGAAGUGCAUGUCCCGUUUGGAAGAGGAGAACAACAGGCUACGAUUUUCUGUUAACGAUCCUGCCACCCGCUUGGAUAGCCCGGUACCCCAGACCCAGUCCGACUCUGCGCGACUCAAAGAACUGGAGAGCGAAUUGGAGAGACUGAGAGCGCAGAACAGCGAGCUUCUCUUGCAGAACCAGCUGAGCAAGGAAAGGGGACAGAUUGCCACCAUAGGUAAAUAAAAAUGGACAAGCAGGUUAACUUAAAGAAAACAACAUCAAAUGGGAAACAAGGGGAUUCACACCGGAUUUUAAAAACUGUCAUCCGUUUUAUGUAAUCGGUUUGUUAUUUGGACUGUUCAGUCCGUAAAUUGCAUUGCAAUACUUGAUAUUUCCUUUCUUUUUGGACUGUAAGGCGUCGAUAUGAAACUUUUUCAAGAAAGAAAAUGUAAAUAUUUAAAAAGCUCAAUUCUUUUUAUAAAGAGAAUGUAUUUGAAAAUGCGUAUGUUUUUGUUUCCUAAGUAUUGUAUGCGUUAUAAUAUUAUCCCAAUUGUCGAAUCAGCACGACCUAGAUACAUUUUAAAAAUGGAUAAGGCAAAUUCAUUCAAAGCAUUAUAAUUCGAUACUUACAUAAUUACAUAAAUUGUCAAAAUACAUGUGCACUCUAAAGUUGUUUUCCGUAUGGGUAAAUAAAGAUUUGUUCUGA